AUUGUAGGAAAAGAUAAAACCAGAGGAGAAAUGAAAAACGAGAUCUUCAACAUGACAGCUGUCCUCAAACCACAUGAAGAAUGCGAAAAGCCACGAACCGUUUUUAUUGAAGGGGACCCAGGUAUGGGUAAAACAACAUAUUGUCAAAAGCUGGCAUAUGACUGGGCAACUACUCAAGAAAACUGGGACGAGUCAUUUCCAAUAAUUGAUCUGCUGCUACUGCUAAGAUGUCAAGAUAUCAAGUCUGACAUUUGGGAAGCCAUCAGAGACCAACUUCUUCCCCAUGAAAUGGAUGAAGAAUCGAAGUCAAACUUUAAAAAGUUUAUUCUUGAAAACCAGUCCAAGGUUUUGUUGGUGCUCGAUGGCUUGGAUGAAGCAGACCAAAGCAAACAAAAAUUGUUCGUAAGUCUCGCUCAAAGUAAACUGCUUCCAAAUUGCCUUGUUCUUUUCACAUCUAGACAUGAGUCUGGUAAGGAAGUUAGGCGUCUUUGUGAUACUCUGUGGGAGAUAGUAGGAUUCGCCAAAAAGGACGCAAAAAGUUUCAUUCGCAAGUACUUUGGCAAGAACAAAAACCUGACUGAGAGACUUCUCACAGAGAUUCGGUCAAGAUCAGAUUUGCGCAAACUGAUAUCUAAUCCUCUUAACACAACUUUGCUUUGCAUUCUGUGUGAGGAUUUUAGGGAAGAUUUUCCAACCAGCAAGGCAAAACUAUAUAAAGGAAAGAAAGGAUCUCCAAGUCCCUACGAAAGUGAGGAUUUAAUGCAAGUUUACGAAGAAGAUCUUUUGUGCUUGGGGAAGCUGGCGUUGACAUCACUUCUUAAAGACGAGCCAUAUAUUGACGGCAGUGCAGUUACUGGAAGCAAUACAAAUGUUAUAACCGAGCUUGGGUUUCUUUCUCUCCAGACUGGAGGUAGCAGACGCAAGCGUUGCUUCCGCUAUGGAUUUCUGCACAAAAGUUUUCAAGAAUUUUUCGCCGGUUUCUACCUUGCUUCAAAAGUUGUAGCUGGAGACAAUGAUUUGGAAAUUGAUGUAACUGACGCAAGAUUUUUGCGUGAAUUGAGGCAUGUUUUCCUUUUCAUGGGUGGGAUUAUAGUCUCAAAGUCUGAGGAGAGCGCAAUACAUCUUUUGCGUGAUAUAACUGAACAUGCCAACUCGCUAAGCCUCGAUACUUCUUGUGAUGGAUUCAAAGAAGUCAAUAGAAGAGUGGAGUCGGCAUGUUCUUUCAUAAGGGAAUGUGCCAAGUACAAGAAAAGCCUCCAGCCCCUGUUGCUGCGUGAAUUUGGGUCUCACUUUGAAAUCGUACCUUCAUCUUUGAAGAAGUCUCGUCAUUUGAAUCUUAUCCUUGAAAAUCUGUCAGGCAAUACCACCCUGACAACCUUAAAUCUAUGCGAGUUUGUAAUUCGUGACUCCGGUGCCGAGUCCUUGUCUAAGUCCCUCUCAGACAACUCAGCUAUAACCAAUUUAAACUUGAGUUUUAAUAACAUUGGUCACGAUGGUGCUAAGUUCCUCUCUGUAGGUCUUAGAGCCAAUACCACUUUGACAAUUUUGAACCUGAGAGGUAACGAAAUAAGUGAUCCUGGUGCUGCUUCCCUCGCUGAGGCUAUUUCAGUUCUUCCUUGUGGAUUGAGGGCAAUACGCAAUAUCUGCGAAAAUAAGCCCGCAAAAUUAUCUUACUAUACUGCGUAA